AUGGGGAGGAGGUGUCUAAAGCCCUCGAUUCCCAAUGUCAAACGACAGUGGUGCCUCCACAUGCCCCUCCUCUCCAUUCCUCCUAUUCCACCUUACAUGCCACCAUCAGUGGCAUCUCUGUUCAUGGUCGAAAACAAGCACAUAAUUCAUAUAUCCCUAAUUAUAUAUCCUUACCCGGCCCGAUUUCUUCUCCUCACAUCUUCUCUUGACCUAAUUUUCCUUACGGCGGCUGCGGCAAUUUUUUCACCUUCUCUGGACUGGUUUGGAUUUGACGUGGCUGGGAGAGACUUUCGGUUUUAUUUACCUUUGUUAGGGUUGGUAGGUGAAGAUGAUGGUGGUAUUGAUGUAGAAGAAGGAUUUGGACUGAGAAGGAUCUCCAUAAGAUUAUCUUCAACUCUAUCUUUUUCAUGUUCUUGUAUGAUAUUGGAAUUUGGAUACUAUGACAUGUUUGUUAUAACUUUAUUGUAGUGUUUGGUUUAGGAUGUUAGUUGUAGUUGUAUAUUGUUGUAGUUUGUAUUGUUGGAUGAUGAUGUGUUGUAUUGUUAGUUUUAUGCUCUUAGUUUAGGUUGUAUAUGGAACAACAUGUUUUAAUGGUGUAUGUGUUUGGGUUUAUAUUAUUGAUGUUUGAAUUUAUUUUGUUGUACACUAAUAUGUUUGUUGAUUUAUGAUUUAUAUUUGUGUUAUUGUGUUUAGUGGUGAAUAUGUUGAAUCUGUUAAUGUGUUUAUAGUGCUGGAUAUGUUGAAUCUGUUUGAAUCUGUUUAGUGUGUUAUAUAUGUUGAAUCUGUUUGAAAAAAAUUGUAAUAGGAAAAAAUAUUGAAAUUAUAUAGGGCUGGAUAAUUUUUUUUAUUUUUGGGACAAAUUUUGCAACGAAUUUAGAUUCGUUGGAAAUAUCGUAUUUUAUCA